AUGCCCUCAACAUUACAAAAGGCCCGUAAGCACAUUGCGAAGAAGCGAAACGGCCACGACCUAGCCCUCCAUGAGUACUCCAGAGACUCAAAGCGCCUUCACAAGGCGUCCAUAAGAGAUCAGAAGCUGGAAAAGCUUCACGCUUCGAGGAAUAAGAAGGAGCAGCCGCUGCUUGACCGUGCUCGUUACUUUCAAAAGGCUGUCCAGGAAAACAAGUCCGAGCCCCUCGAGCUGGCCGCCAUCCAGAAGCUAAUCCAUAAGUUUGUGCACCAGUAUGAUGAGGAGUACGCCGAGGUCAAGAAGACCCGUCGGCCGGGACGCCCUGCGAGCCCCAAGGAGGACUUGCUGAAGCAGAAAAUUGCAAACCUUGAAGAGGAGUACAGGAUUGGGUUCUACCUUCCCGACCUAUUGGAUGCGUCCAACACACUCGUGCUCGAUCGCUGGGAGGGCUCAUGGUCUUACCUGACCUCGGUCGCCUGGGUCAAGAUCACAAGCGAUGGAAACAUCAAGAAGUCCAGCUUCCCGCCCACGGGUAGCUCUUGA